AUGUUACGCCUGAUAACCGCACCAUCGAUACGAAAACUUUUACGGGAUAAAAGUAUCUGGGUGGACCUUUUUUCAAUUCUGCCGUACUUUAUUACCCUUGCUUUCAACGACAACGAAUCGUUAGAGAUACUCAAAGUCGUUUACGUGCUCCGACUAUAUCGUGCUUUCGAAGCGUUUCGUUUCUCGUACGUUUUGCAAGUUUUUAUACAAACUAUAACGGGUAGCAUACGAGAACUGCUGUUACUGUUGUUUAUUUGCUCUAUACUGGUAAUCUCCUUCGGAGCUUUGGCUUAUUACGCCGAACACAAAGCGAACACCGAUGGCUUUGAAAACAUUCCCGCUUCUUUUUGGUGGUCGCUUAUCACCAUGACAACCGUAGGAUACGGUGACGUAUCUCCUACCACUGUUGGCGGGAAAAUCGUCGGAUGCGCCUGCGCCAUCACUGGCGUACUUCUACUCGCCUUACCAACGUCUAUAGUGACGACAAAUUUUUCGCUCUACAACGCUUAUGCGAAGGCAAAGAUGAAACUACCGCCUCGGAAAAAGACUCAAGUUGUUAGCCAAGCUUUGAAAAGUGUUCAACUGCGAAGCAGAGAGGGACUAAGAAGCAGUAUGAAUAGUCCAACAAACUACUCAGCGUUACCAAAGACUGGACUCGAAGUGACGUUUCCAGGUAGUGCCUUAAAUUCUGCGGGCGCGGUGGCCAGUCCGCGAACUCGCAGGCAAGCGAUAUCGCCAUUGGCUCUCGAGUUGGACAAUAUUGCAGUUACUACUCGUCCACAGACUAACGGUUUGAAUCACGUGGCCCGCCGUCGGUCUAGUUAUUCGUAA